AUGGAAUCGAAAGAGAUGGAUGCGGCUUGUCGAAAUGGUGGUAAUAACGGGAAAGAUGAAAAAGAUGACACUAAUAUUAAUAUUUCACCAGAUCUUAGAGACAAAGAAAACUGCCAUGUCAAUCAUGAAACCCAACGACUCCUUAGCGAACCAGGACCUGGUAUUAGUGCGUCCCCAUCAGAAGAGAAUAUGCGUUACUUUAAUGUAAUGAUUCUUGGACCUUCUCAGUCUCCAUAUGAAGGAGGGGUUUUCAAGUUGGAAUUGUUUCUGUCUGAAGAGUACUCAAUGGCAGCUCCCAAGGUUCGAUUUCUCACCAAAAUAUACCAUCCCAACAUUGACAAGCUUGGAAGAAUAUGUCUGGAUAUUCUUAAGGAUAAAUGGAGUCCUACUCUUCAGAUUGGGACUGUUCUCCAGAUGACCCACUUUCAGAGAAUAUUGCCAAGCAUUUGA